ACGAAAAGGUGUAUCAGAGAAAAUGGACUUUGAUCAUGAGAAUGUUAGAUUAGUUGUGAGUGAAGAUAGAUUGAGCAGUUUGCCUGAUGAACUUAUUCAUAAAAUUCUCUCUUGUAUUGAUGACACCGAGUUUGUUGUUCAAACAUGUUUGCUGCUGUCUCCAAGAUGGAAGGUUCUCUGGAAGUCGGUGCCUUGUCUCAGCUUUUCUCGUCGUGGUUUCCCUACUGUACAUAAAUUCUCCAAGUUUGUGACAAAUGUUCUUUCUCGCCGCAACAAUCACGUGGAAGUGUCUACUGUUAAGCUAAAUUACAGUGGAGCAGCCAGUCAAGCGUUUGUUAAAAAGAUCGCAAAGUAUGCGUUUUCUCACAAUGUCCAGGAAUUAAUCGUUAUCAGUAGGCCCAAAAACCACUAUGAAUACCCUCCUUGCCUUUUUAACUCAACCUCUCUUAAACAUUUCACUUUUAGCAGUGAGCUACUUAGAUCCGACUUAACACCUAAAAUACCUAAGACACCUUGGAACUUUCCUGCCUUAACUUCUUUGAAUCUCAGUGAAAUCACAUUGUGUGAGGAUAACCGUGAGUACCUUGAUCUUUUCUCCAAGUGUGUGAACUUGAAGAACCUUUCUUUGAAUACUGUCAUUGUCGAGGCUAAGGUAUUUGACAUCAUUACCCCUCGACUUUCCAGUCUUGUGCUUAUCAAAGACUUGCGUUCACCUGUUAUCAAUGUGAUUGCACCUCAACUAGAAAAUCUCACUAUAUGUGGUUGCGAAAUCAAUCACUUGGAUGCGGCACCUGGGCUUUCAUCUUUUGCUUACACAGGUUACGGUCCUCCUAAGUGGCUUAAAGGUCGUUUCCAUUCUUUAAACAAGGUGAGUGUCUGUUUGUCCUUCCGUCGCUCAAACAUGCUUUAUGACGAGGAAGAUGCUCGUGAGACUAUCAGCAUGCUUCAAGAACUCAAGAGUGCCAAAAUUCUUACGCUUAACUUUGACAUUGUUGAGUGCCUUUCCGCAUAUCCAGAUUUGCUGUCACAUCUUCCUUCACCUUUUAGUAACUUGAUUUGCUUAGAUAUAGACCCCAACAGGAGGAAGGAUGCAUAUAAAAUAAACGUGUCUACUGAAGCUAGAAAUUUCUUGCUUGAGAACUCUCCAAGUGCCACGUUCAUCAUGGAUAUACCAGAGGAACCGCCUUCAAAAGCUAUGAUUGCAAAACAGGCUAGGGAGAUGAAAAGAGCCAAUCUAAUUGCAGAUAUUGAAAGAUGUAUGACAGAAUUGCAAGCAUUACUAGAACAGGAAAAUACGACGCUUGUGAAGAGAAAGGAAGCAGAGGUAAAGAAAAAGGUAGCUCUUGAGAACAUUAUUUCAGAAGUAAAGGUAUGGGCAAAGAAAAAGAUAAUGCGAAGUGAACCUGAGCAACCAAAGGAAUCUGCCGAGAGUCGGGAGGUAGGGGCUGGACUGAUGACACAGUUUCGGGCCCGUCUGACAGAUUUGCAGGAUCUGGCUAAGCCGAAUUGUUACAGAUCUCAAGAUCAUUCGUUCAAAGAAGAGAUGGGUUCUAUUAUUAAUAAAAAAGGUGCCUAAGAGACAGAGGAUGGAGAUGGAAACACGCUAUGCUAGUCAACUCGAAGAAGCAGAAAGUCUAUCUGUUCGUCUGCACUCAACAUUUGAAGAUAUAUAUAAAUAUCUGAAUGAAAUGAUUGAUGGUGUUACUGAAUCUAUAUCUGAUGGCAAUUCAACACGUCAAGAUGUAUCCAGUAGCAAACUUCCUUUGACAUCACAACUAUCUUCUUCUU